AUGGACCAAGGCAACCCCUCGUCUGGCUCGCAGUCCUGUCCAGGAGGAUUCAUCGAUACGCUUACUGCCUCGUAUACUCCCGUUCCGGGUCCGGACUCAAAUGGGGCCAUCUCGUCAGGUCAUGAUUCUCGACCAGUUUUGAAUGCAAUAAUUGCUCCUGCGCCGGGAGGAGUCGUUCCGCAGCGAAACCCCACCGAUAGUGCCUUCAGCCGACACGAUUCCCUCUUGACUUUCGAUGCUUCGCCUUCGCGCAAUGCCUCCGAGCUCAAAUCGUUGCUAGGAAACUCAAGCUCAAGACUUAAACCUGGCGCCAUCGUGUCUUCUAUACAUACUCCCACUCUAGACAAGGAGGGCCGCAAGAUACACACCGUCUCGCUUGAACAAGCCAAACCACGAGCCCGCGUGGAGGUGGACAUCGCGCUGGAAAGCGACCGUUGCGUUGAAGGUGGCUAUAUGCGCGGCAGCGUCAAGAUCCGGGUCCGCCGGCGGCACAAGACAGAAUCGCCUGUGCUCCUUGCCGAGGGCAAAGUCCGGGUCCUCGGCUUCGAGUGUUUGUCGAACUCUGGAGACCACUACACCUUCUACCAACGCUCCAGCCUCUUAUCUUCUAUAACGGACGCCUACUCUCGUAUCUUCACAUCCGACGCAGACUCUGAGGGCUAUUCACGUGCAAUGGAAGGGGUAUACGUCAUCCCGUUCGCCAUGAUGCUCUCUGCAGACGACCUCUUCGGGAAGCCGAAAGGCGCCCCUGUCCUUCAGUCUGGGCUAGGGAUACGUUUUACUUCGCGCGAGAAGGGCUCUCACUCACAGGAUCUGGCCGCGACUGGACCUUCAGUUGCCCUCGCAAGUGCCCCGCGACCUGUGCAAGCGGCUGCCAAGAAGAACCUGGGUAAUGGCGGAGAGAUCCGCCUCACAGCGGCCCUCCACCGUAUGACUUGGGUCGCAGGACAGCAGUGCAGCAUACGCGUUUGGGUGAUCAAUGAUUCCAAGAAGUCUAUCAAGACUGCGACGUUCACACUGGUGCGGACGACUACGACGUUUAGACCCCGCCCCGACCUCAGCCCCGGGAACACCGUCGGUCCUGACUGUUCGCAGCGAACCACUACUCACAAAGUAGUUGCGUUGUCGGUGCUGGAGCGCGCGCAACCGGUCACGAAGGGACAUGCUAGUGCUGAAGGUUGGUGGUGGGGUAUUCCGGCCCUCCAAGAGGCUCAAUUUGCUCAUCACCUGCUGAUACCACACGACGCGCUAUCUGUUUCUCGAUCUCGGUUCAUCGAAGUCGAGUACUCGAUUCGAGUGUCCGUCGAUGUCGGUGUCCUCAGCCCCGACCUCCAUGUUACCCUCCCCGUCCGCGUCGCCAACUUCUUGUCCAUCGAUCCAAUGCCCAGCGAGCCUCUCAUCGCUCCGAAUGGCUCGUACACUCGGCUCAUCCCACACGACCUCGUGGAUGGGACCUACACCAGUCGUUCCUCGUCCAUCGCGCGGGACCGUUCAAGCACCCUCGACCUUCCCUUUUCAGCAAGAAGACGUGAUCCUCUGGACUCCGGGGAGCACGAAGACUCAGAAGACGGCCGCGUGUCCAUAUUCCAAUCCAUCUCUUCGUCCUCGGUCUCUGAAACCAGCUUCUACUCCAGUGCUUCCUCAUCAUCCCUCGCCCACUCUGUCUGCUCUUCCCAGAACAAGCUCGGAAAUAGUGACCUUUUUGGCGACAUGGGUUCGCAAGACGAGAUGGACCAGAUUUUGAAUGCUGUUACACAAGCCAAUAGGCCCUUCGAGGGCGACCGCAUCGACACAUCGCCCCCAGCAUGUCAUCUUCCAUCUCCGUCUCUCGAAUCGUCAUCUGAACCACGACCUCAGGACGCUUCCAUGGCGUCGUCUGGCAGUCGAUCUACUCGCACGUCCCUCAGUCAUGGCAGUCGUAUCUUCUCGCAUCCCACCGAGACCAGAGAUCUCCCAACAGAAGGCAGUCGAGACGGGCGGCCCUUGAAUUCGAUGUCGGGAGACGGGGACCGAGACAGCACCCCCACCCCGCGCCUCAGAAACACGUCGAGCACAUCCUUCCGCUUCGGCGUCCUCCCUCCCUCGACUUCGACUUCGGCUUCAAUCUCAGGCUCUAUCCGCAGCUCCCGCGCUCUCCCGCUCCCUCCCUCUCAGUCCUCCCGGAUGAGCGACAUACCGGCGACCAUCUCGGCGCUCGAGCAGCUGCGCGUGCACCCGACGCUCUACGUGCGCAACCCGGACCCGCCCGGGACUUCCUCCUCGGGGCUCUCCCGGGGUGCCGCUUUGGUUGCGUCCGAGGUGGUGCGUGCGGGGCCGGCGCGUACGCCCGCGGUGGCCGUCGUGGAGGGUCUGCCGUCGAGCGCGUGUGCGGAGCAGACGUUCAUCCGGCCGCCGAGGAGCGCACGGCGGAUGUCCGUGCCCGAGCCUAUCGUCGCGAAGUCGUUUGAUGAGCUCCCGGUGGACAGGCCGAGGGCGAAGCACGCGGCCAGCGCGCCACCUGCCAGCAAGCAGCGCAGUGGGACGUUUUCGGGGUCGGCAACAGUCACUGAUGAUGGUCGUGACACGGACGGAAAGGCGGGGAGGAGCUUGGUGAAGGGGCGGAUUACUGCACUGGAGGAGCGCCUUCGAGCAUGUGAGGCGCCGUAG